CUUUUUCUUGACACAAGUUGAAGUCAAGACGAAAUGGAACCGCUUAUUUUUGUUGUUCGCCACGCUGAAGCGGAACAUAAUGUAAUCAUGGAUUUCUCGCAACGAGACCCACCAUUGACCUUGAAGGGCUUUGACCAGGCAUCACACUUGGCGAAGACAUUUCCGGAACCUCGCUCAAUCUCCGUCGUCCUGACUUCGCCCCUCAAACGGGCUCUACAAACUACCCUUAAGGGAUUCUCACAGGUUCUCGCCUUAGAUAGCGUUGGUGAAGAUGGCCAAAACGGAACCGCUAGAUUACUAGUAGAUCGAGACUUGCAGGAAACAAGCGAUCUACCAUGCGACACGGGCUCUGAUCGCGAUACUUUGGAGAAGCUAUUCCCAAACGUUGAUCUUACCACGUUGGAUAAGGAUUGGUUUGUCAAAACCGGCAUGUAUGCGGCGGAUGAGAAGGCUGUCAUUCUUCGGGCCAAGACCUUUCGUAAGAAGUUAUGGAAUAUUGCCAAGUCUGUACAGUCGGAUCAAUCUAGUUCGUCGAGUCAAAGGGCUAUUGUGAUAGUUACGCAUAGCGCGUUCAUGCAAUAUCUAUCGCAGGAUAUGAAUCUCAAUCUUCCGCAGGCGGGGUGGAAUUCAUUUCGCAUUCAGGAAAAGCCUGAUGGCGAGAUUGUUUUAUUAUCUACCUAAGAAUGCAUAGUAUAGUCUGUCCUGUCAUAUGGUAUUUGUGUUUUUGAACGCUCGGAUGGACAUGAACAACAAAUCAAUAAUAUGUCAAAUACACUGAUUGUAUGUUUUCAUGUAAUAUAACAAACUUUGAUGUCAUUUACAGGUGUAGUUGUAUGACGUUACUACUAGUUGGAAUAUACUCACUACUAUGC